AUGAAAACCGUCGACGACACCGCCCGCGAAACCGCCCAAGAAAUGGGGUAUAAAGAGCCCGCGUCUACGACCGACAGCUCGAACGGGAACUCGAUGAUGACCCCCCAGAACUCACUUAAUGAUAUGGCGCAAUCGGGUGUCAAGGAGAUGAAAAAUAUGUUCGAUGGGGUGGCGUCGGCACCGGCCCCGGGGGAUUUCUUGAAUAGUACGUGGGAACAUGUAAGGUCGUUGAUGGGUGGGGGUGGUGGUGAGGAGAAUAAUGGGAACGGGGAGGAUGGUGUCGUUGAGCCGGCGGAUGCAGAUGAGAUUCGGUGUAUUGAGAAUUUGGAGAAAGAAAAGAUUAUUCAGUUCUUGCAAGAGAGGCAUAUGAGUAUGAAUAAUAUGGGGAGGGGGAAGAAGGUAUGA